UUGGCGAAUUCCGAGUGGCAUACAAAGCGAUACCAGCUUCGAAAUUUUCGAAAGCGGUUUUUAGGUGGAAUACUGGAGUCGGGUAAUUUUCCCGGAUUUGGUAAGAGUAUCAGGCUUGUUUCAAAUAUUGGUUUUGUUUGAUUUUUUUUCAUCUUCUUCUAUUAAUACUUGUAAUUUUACAAAUCAUUUUGAGCACUUGGGUUUUUUUUUCAAUUUUUAACAAAAAAUGGCUUCAGCAAAUGCUUUAAUUGCCACAAUUGAGCCUUACAGAAAAGGAACUCCAUUUUCUGAUUGGGUGGAGCGUUUGGGGUACUUUUUUAUUGUUAAUGAUACAACCGAUGACAAAAAAAAGCGUACCUGAUCACCCUUAGUGGCCAAUACGUAUUUUCACAAUUGAAACUAUUGUUUCCGAAUGGGAAAUUAGAUGAGGCGACUUACGAUCAAUUGGUUGAAAAACUUAAGUGUCGUUUUGACAAAACCCCACCCGCGAGAGUUUUACGGUACAAAUUUACAAAAAGAUCGCAAGAACAGGGGGAGUCGGUCGAAGAUUUUAUUUUAUCUUUAAAAAUGGAGGCAGAAUUCUGCAAAUUGGGAGAAGAUAAAAACGAACUGUUAUUGGACAGAAUCGUGGGAGGUAUAAAAGACGAGCAACUUAGGCUCCGUCUUUUAAACGAAGCAGAAUUAAAUAUUGAAAAGGCGGAAAAUAUAAUUAUGACAUGGGAAAUGGCAAAAAAUUGCGCAUCCGCUAUGGAACAACCAAGCCCUAGCGGUGGUUUAGUUGGAGCUGUGCGAGGAGCGGUAAGACGUCCGGUAAGAGAACGACUCGGUUAUAGACCAUACUCUGGAGAUCGGGAAAAAUUUAAUAAAAAUCCAGGUGGUUACAGUUCCCGCGAAAACUUUGGGGAUAACCGGCCUUCUGCUGGAAAAACUCGACGUGGAUUCAACAAACCCGACUACUCCAAAAUCAAAUGCGGAUUCUGUGGAAUUCUUGGUCAUCCUACACGGAAAUGUUUUGCAAUGAAGAACAUGAAGCGGAAUGCAAUCAAAUAUGUUGAUGCUCAACAGGAAGACAAGGCUGGUAAAGCACUAAGCGAUCUCAUGGCCAGGAUGCGUACAUCCCAAUCGAAUUCAGAUUCGGAUUCAGACUCAGAUCUGGUCUGGAAGCGGGCUCCGGCUUGUUCACCGGAAUCAAAUUAAGCCACCCAAAGGGGAUAGCAUAAUUCGACCAAACAUCAUCUUGACUGAAGGAGGAGCUAGGUCGGUGUCUGACGAUGAAGACGUCGAUGGGUUCAAAGGAUUUCCUGACGAAUGUCAGAAGGACAAUGGUCCAAUUUCUGUUGGUCGAAAGAGGAAACAUCCUAGCAGUUCGUUACCGGAAAACGCCGAGCCACCGGAACUCCGGAGAUCUAAACGAAGGCGUAAACCGACCAAAA